UACUAUCAAAAACCUGCCAAAUCCCCAUCACAUUAAUUCCUUCCUUCUCCACACUUUUUUUUUUUUUUAAUUUGUAUACACAUCCGAUCCCCCCUUCCCCACUCUAUAAAUUUCCCUCUUCUUGCCUUUCCUCUUUGCCUUCCCCCGUUUCCACCGCCGCCGUUCAUCGGAAAAAAUAUAUUCAAUUUCUUUUUUUCAUUAUUCCACUCUGUUCUUUGUGAGGUUUUGGGUGGAAAAGACAUCGAUAUAAUGUCAAUCAUUUCCCUAAUAACUGGAUGGCCUGGACCCAGUGGCUUCGGCUCGGCCUCCACGGCGGAGGAAAUCACGCAAGGGAUCGAUGCCGCCUGCCUCACUGCCAUUGUCACCGGAGGAGCAAGCGGGAUUGGGUUAGAAACGGUGAGAGUUUUAGCGAUGCGAAAAGUGCAUGUGAUCAUCGGUGCAAGAAAUUUAGAGGCAGCAAAUAAAGCAAAACAACAACUGCUUGAAGAAAAUCCAACUGCUAAAUUGGAUGUUCUUAAACUUGACCUUUCAUCCAUCAAAUCCACCACAGAAUUUGCUCAUAAUUUCCUUGCUCUUAAUCUCCCUCUCAACAUUUUAAUAAACAAUGCUGGUGUUAUGUUUUGCCCUUUUCAACUUUCUGAAGAUGGAAUAGAGAUGCAGUUUGCCACCAACCAUAUUGGUCAUUUUCUGUUAACAAAUCUUCUACUUGAGAAAAUGAAGAACACUGCAAAAAGCACAGGAAUUGAAGGUAGAAUUGUCAACUUGUCAUCUAUAGCUCAUGCCCAUACUUAUGGAGGUGGAAUUCGCUUCAAUAAAAUCAAUGACAAGAAUGGAUAUUCUGAUAAAAGAGCCUAUGGGCAAUCAAAAUUAGCCAACAUUUUACAUGUCAAGGAGCUCAACCGUCGAUUCCAAGAAGAGGGUGUGAACAUAACGGCAAAUGCGGUGCAUCCAGGAUUAAUAAUGACUCCUCUUAUGAGGCAUUCUAUGUUUCUUAUGCGGCUUUUGCAGGCUUUCACCUUCUUUAUCUGGAAGAGUGUCCCUCAGGGGGCAUCAACGACAUGCUAUGUGGCGCUUCACCCGAAUUUGAAGGGAGUGAGUGGGAAGUAUUUUUUGGACAAUAACGAGAAACGACCGAGCUCCUAUGCUAGAGACGAAAAACUUGCAAAGAAACUUUGGGACUUCAGCAAGGACUUGAUAAGUUCGAAGUCUAAAGUAUGAAAAAGAAGUGGCAUUUAGACCUACACUACUACUGAAGCCUCAAGUCACAUGCUAGUUCAAGUUUAUAAAGAAUUAAGAGAUUCAAUAAUGUGGUUCUUUGGGAGGGGAAAUAUUAUGAAUAGUAUUCUUUUUUUUACAAAAAAGAAAAAAGAUGGAAGUGGUGUUAUGGACAUGGGAAGCUCCUAGUGUUUGUGUAAUAGUGUUUGUGUGAGUAUUCCAUUCAUAUUGUUUCGUUGAUUAUGAUUUCGGUCUAUUAAUUAUCUAAGUAUAUAAGGUUUCUAUUUCCAACUU